AUGGAUUAUCCCAAAAUGGAUUAUUUUCUGGAUGUCGAGUCUGCCCAUAGACUCUUGGAUGUUGAGUCGGCACAAAGAUUCUUCUACAGUCAAGGAGCCCAAGCUCGCCGGGCGACCCUGCUUCUGCCUCCCACAUUAAUGGCGGCAUCUUCGGAGGAUGAUAUAGACCGGCGGCCCAUCAGAAGAGUCCGCUCCAAGAGCGACACGCCGUACCUCGCAGAGGCCAGGAUUUCCUUUAACCUCGGAGCAGCUGAGGAAGUGGAGAGGCUGGCGGCGAUGCGUUCUGACUCCCUUGUCCCAGGUACCCAUACCCCACCCAUCCGGAGGAGGAGUAAGUUUGCCAACCUGGGAAGGAUUUUCAAGCCUUGGAAAUGGAGGAAGAAGAAAAGUGAAAAGUUCAAACACACAUCUGCAGCCCUGGAGAGGAAAAUAUCAAUGCGGCAAAGCAGAGAGGAGCUGAUAAAAAGAGGAGUCUUGAAGGAAAUUUAUGACAAAGAUGGGGAGCUCUCCACAUCAAACGAGGACGACUCCCUGGAAAACGGACAGUCCCUGAGUGCCAGCCAGCUGUCCCUGCCUGCCCUGUCCGAAAUGGAGCCGGUCCCGAUGCCCAGAGAUCCCUGCUCAUACGAGGUGCUCCAGCCUUCAGACAUCAUGGACGGGACAGUGUCUGAAGAGAGUCCCUCUGCCAGUGAGUCUGGAGUCCUCCUGUCCCAAGAUCCUUCAGCCAAACCAGUCCUGCUACUGCCCCCCAAAAAACCUGCUGCUUUCUCUGGAGACCAUGAGGAGACCCCAGUGAAGCAGCUGUCCCUUCUCAAGCAACCCCCUGCCCUGCCUCCCAAACCCACUGCCAGGAUUGCCAACCACUUAACAGAUCCUGGCGCCCCUGUGAAAUUGCCUUGUCUGCCAGUGAAACUGUCGCCUCCGCUACCUCCAAAGAAAGUCAUGAUCUGUAUGCCUGUAGGGGGGCCAGACCUCUCCCUGGCAUCCUACGCAGCUCAGAAGAGUGGCCAGCAGGGUGGGGCCCAGCACCACCACACGGUUCUGCCGUCCCAGAUCCAGCACCAGCUGCAGUAUGGCAGCCUCGGCCAGCAUCUCCCCUCCGCCACCGGCUCCCUCCCCAUGCACCCCUCGGGCUGCAGGAUGAUAGACGAGCUGAACAAAACGCUGGCCAUGACCAUGCAGAGGCUGGAAAGCUCUGAGCAGCGGGUCCCCUGUUCCACUUCUUACCACAGCUCUGGUUUGCACUCGGGUGACAGUAUCACAAAAGCAGGACCUCUGGGCCUUCCAGAAAUAAGACAAGUGCCAACUGUUGUGAUUGAAUGUGAUGACAAUAAAGAAAAUGUGCCUCAUGAAUCAGACUACGAAGACUCGUCUUGCCUAUACACAAGAGAAGAGGAGGAGGAGGAGGAAGACGAGGAUGAUGACAGCUCAUUGUAUACCAGUUCCCUGGCCAUGAAGGUGUGCAGGAAGGACUCCUUAGCUAUCAAACUCAGCAACAGGCCCUCCAAGCGAGAGCUAGAAGAAAAGAACAUCCUUCCCAGGCAGACAGAUGAAGAGAGACUGGAGCUGAGGCAGCAGAUUGGCAGCAAGCUCAUCAGGCGUCUGAGCCAGAGGCCGACUGCAGAGGAAUUGGAGCAAAGGAACAUUUUGAAACCUCGGAAUGAACAAGAGGAACAAGAGGAGAAAAGAGAGAUCAAGAGGAGGCUAACUCGAAAGCUCAGCCAAAGGCCCACAGUGGAAGAACUUCGGGAAAGAAAGAUCCUCAUCCGCUUCAGCGACUAUGUGGAGGUGGCUGAUGCUCAGGACUAUGACCGCAGGGCCGACAAGCCAUGGACCCGCCUCACUGCUGCCGACAAAGCUGCCAUUCGAAAGGAACUCAAUGAGUUUAAAAGUACUGAAAUGGAAGUUCACGAAUUGAGUAGACAUCUAACAAGGUUUCACCGACCUUAACAGUCAAAUUCCUCUUGAGUGCUAUGCUGUCUUCAAAACAUAAAUUUAUAAGAACCAUAAGUGCUGGUAUUUAUUCACUUCCCCAUCACAAUGUAAAUCUUCUGAACUGCCUUUUUUAAAAAGAAGAAGAAAAAUAAAAGGAAACACAAUCAGGAUUCUGUUUGCGAAACGCGAUGGCUACUGCUCUGCGGUCAGAGCUGAUGGCACAACCACGGACCCCAGAUUGCACUCGUCCCUGGCAGCACUGCGAGCACCGGCGGGGCCUCACCGAAGACUCUCUGGCACUCGGAGCAGCCCUGGUCCUCUCCAGCCGGACCCGGCAGGCUCCACGUUCACUUGGGCUCCGGGGACCUCUUCCUCGAAAGUGUCUGUCACCUAAGUCCAAAGAAAGCCAAGGCGGUAGGCGUGGGCUGGGAAGGACUUUGUGAAGCGAAUGAUCUGGUUGGCCUUCUAGACAUGGCCAAACACACUGGCGGCAGGCGUGGCUUCUGGUUUGGGGUCCCCUUAGGAGGAGGAUGCUGAGAGGGUGCACUGGCUCAGUUGCCCUGACCUUUCUCCCUCUGGCCACCCUCCAUACAGUGAGCAAAAGGGAAGUGCCCUUUUUCUGGGGAAGCCUGUAGUUGGUCAGUCCUAAGGUUGCUUGUGUUCCAGGUGUGCAAGCCUGAUGCCAAAUGCCUAGUCCAUCCCCUCAGACAGGGCUGAGCUGCCUUCCAGGCAGCUCUGGUGUCGAAGGGGAAAGUUGCCAUCUGCUCAGUUCAAGUGAACUGACCCAUUGUAUUCAAAGCCCAAUAUUCCAGAGGAUCUUACGCACACAAGCAGCCAUUGCCAGGGUGCGCCUAUGGUACCACGCGUGUGAGCAUAAGGACCAUAUUGAGGGCACAAAGGCUGAAGCCUCCCGUGAGAAACUCUGCUUGGCUGAAGAGUGUCAUUUUCUCUGUGUGCCCCAGGGCUGGUGACUAUGUGGCUUGGAAGUUAAUAGCUUCUGAGUAUAGGACCAAUGCCUGCAGGCCAGAGACCAUUCCUAAAAGGCUGGUGUUCCAGUCACUGAUGGACUGAUCGGUACUCUAGAACCACUUGAUGGCCUUCUAGUCUCCUUUCUUUGCACUGAAGAGUCUCUAUGGGAAAGCCCCAGGGUUUGGCAUACGCCAGAAUCAUGCAGACACCAGCCACGCCUGCCUUGUGCUGUACCUCCCCGCUCAUAUUUAUCCACAGAGAACCCUUCCUUGUCUUCAUGAUGCUGGUGAGGGUGAUUGGAGAUGCAUCCCUAACUGUCCCCCUCACUUGGGACCACAGGAAAGCAUGCUCUGUUAACCGAGGGUAGCGUGUGCGGUGAGAGGAAGAGCGAGUCCCAAACCCCAACAGCUGUCUUCACGGGGCCCAUCGCAGCAGUUUUGUUUUCCCUCCUGCCCGCCUGUAGGGCUCUCCGCUGCCGGGCUCUGCCUGGCCUCCUGCCGUGGCCUCAGAGUUACCAUGAUCUCUCCAGGGGGUGGUUCGCUCUCCGCCACAUAGACCCAGGAUGUAGGCGGAUGCCAGCUUGGCCUUCACAGCAAAGAGGUAACCAGUCCCCACCUCAGACCGUGUGGGACACAGGUCACUCUUGGUAUGUAUCAGGGAGGCCACCCACUCUCCGCAGGCAUUCCCAGCUCCCACGGCCAGCAUUACCGCGGAGCUGUGUACAUCUGGGCGGCGCUCCGGGCAGCUCUUCGGGCACUGCCCACCGGCCAUUGCAAGGCUGCACGUGCUUUGCUCGCAACACCUGGAGUGAGCACGCUGCCGCCCAGCCCCAGGAGGAUGUCACCACUAGACCCCUUUAUCUUUGAACGUGGAAUCUGAAUAGUUACUGACAUGGAUAGAAGUACUCUUCAGGGAAAAUGUGUGUGGUCAGGACUUUAGUGCGGCUGUGAGCACUGUCUUCCCAAAAGGCUUGCUGACGUCUGAAUGUGCAAAUGAUAUGACGAAAUAUGUAGGGCUCUUUCAUCUGACUUCUCUUUGGUGGGCACGUGUUCUAGGCAGAGGUGCCUGCCUUUCCAGGAGCUGAGUCUGAGCUUCCUCUAACUCGCAGCUGUGCUUCCGACGGCUCGCAGUGCCCUGGCAGCACGGUCAGGCCUUCCCCCGGCCCAGGAGCCGGUCCGAAGGGAACUCAUUCCCUGACCUGGACUCCUCCCACCAUGGCCAGUGGCUUCUCUGCUGGCCUGGGCUCUUGGGCCUUUUAGAUUCCCUGGGGACUUGUGGCCCAAAUCAAUUUCCCCGCAGCCAGCCAGCCAGCCAGCCAGCCAGCAGUCCAGGUUUUCCGCCCAAAGUGCCCUACUGUUGCGGUCCACUUUGUUCAUGGAAGAAAUUGAGCACAUGCUCCACUUCUCUUCCUGCAGAGAACCGUUUUCCAGAAGUCACUUGCAGGAGUUAGGGGUGCACCUUCCAUGCCACUGAGAGCACCCACCGUGAAGGUGGGCGAUUUCAGACCCAUUGUUAGUGGCUCAGCAACCUCAGUGGACCACAGAUGGUCCCUUGGCCAUCUCUUCCCUUUCCUGAAAUCUUGAGGUCUUUAUAGAAAUCUAUCCAAAUUUCUUUUUUGCCACAUUGUUAUGAUGAUUGAAAUAUGUGUGUUACUUUCCAAGAUGACAAAUUGACAUUAAUUGGCUGGCAGUGGGGGGACGGAGAGGAGAGCGAUGGCCUAGCAGGUUUACAAUGCAUUCGUUUUUCUGAAAACGCUGUGUUUCAAGUAAAGUUUUAUUAUCUGUGUAUAAAUUUCCAGUUGAGCCUCCUGUCAUUUGGAUUAGCAUGAAAGGAAAAAUGUGAUAUUUCUCCGACCAGAAUGUUUCCUUCUGAAAAUGAGCCGUUGCCCGACCCCCCGUCGCACCUAUGACAGACCAGCGCCGUCACUCAGCCUCUGUGCUCUUUCUAAAUUGCUAGGUUCCUCCCCAACGGCCCUCAAAGCCCUGGAAAACUUUUAAAACUUUAGCCUUUAUAUCAGAUUAGAGAAACCAAACGGUGUGAUGGUAGACAUGGUAAAAUCCUCUGAGUUUAUUUUUCUCCCGCUUAUGAACGUGCAUUUAUAUUUGCUGAAUGAAAACCGUGGCGUGUGCUUCGACGAAUGGACUCUCCAGCUCUCCCUGUGCACAGCCAGUGUGCGAAGGUCACCUUAAAUGAGUUUUUCUCCCCAUUUGUCUGUUACUCCCCAAACCGGUCGCUUUUUCCAGUUGCUUCCCGGGUGUCUGUACAUAGUUUUUCUUUGUAUAGGAGCGCUCUCUCGUGUUCUAAUUUAACGGAUGACAGCUGUAUGAGGAAGACAAUGUAAAUAGAAUACAAAUUAAACUGGAUCUCUAUGGCCUAGGUUUUGUACAUACAGAAACUGCAUGGUAUUUAAAUUAUUGUUUGUCUCUGAUGAUGUA